AUGACAUCAGAUGAAGUAUCUUCUGAUACAAAAUCAGGUGAAAUUUCUGCAUUUCAACCCGAAUUUGUUGAAAGCAUAUCGAAUGUCUCAGUGCCCGUGGGACGUGAUGCCACAUUUACAUGUUAUGUACGACAUUUGGGAGGUUAUCGAGUUGGUUGGCUUAAAGCCGACACAAAAGCCAUUCAAGCCAUACACGAAAAUGUCAUAACCCAUAAUCCUCGGGUGACUGUUAGUCAUUUAGAUCAAAAUACUUGGAAUUUACAUAUACGUGCUGUCACAGAGGAAGAUCGUGGUGGCUAUAUGUGUCAGUUAAAUACGGAUCCUAUGAAAAGUCAGAACCAUAAAUGUUCUCAGUUUCCCCAUAUUUAA